AUGGGUAAAAGAAGAGGACGAAGUGGAGAUUUUGAAGGAAGUAUAGGGAAAGAAGGAAGAGGAAGACGUGACGAUCAUUGCGGUAAUCCGCCCGCACGCGUCAAGGAAGAGGACGCAAAGCGUCAGGACGCAAACCUCUACCGCAACAAAGGAAAAAAGGACGAAUUUAAGGUGCCGGAGAUACUUUCACCCAUAAGGGAAGUUGAGGACAAGGGGGAAGAAUGGAAGGAAUGGGGACCGGAAGAGGAAAAACAAACGAAGAAAAUAAAAAGGGAGGUAGAAAUAGAAGACAAAGGGAACAACGUUGACAACAAGGACGUAAACGAGAAAAAGAGAAAAAGAAACGACGAUGACGGACAAACAAAUACGAAAAAGAUAAGGAGAGAGAUUAAACCACAAGAUCUCGACACGAUAAAUGGAACCAAUUGGUUGAAUGAUGAGAUCAUCAAUAAUUAUAUGGAGUUAAUCAGAGAUGACAAGACGUACAUCAUGAGUACGUUCUUUUUUCCGCGACUCCACAUUAACGGAUAUAACGCCGUGAGAAGAUGGACUAAAAAAGUCGACAUCUUUAAAUAUGAAAAGAUGAUUGUCCCGAUCAACUUGGACAACCAUUGGUGUCUGGCGGUCAUCGACUUUUUGGCGAGGAAUAUCGUCUAUUACGAUAGUUUUGGGCGAGAAAACCCGAAAUAUUUGAUUACCCUCCGGAAGUAUCUGAUCGAAGAGGCAAAAGAGAAGGGAAACGAUCAAAAUAAAAAAGAGGAGUGGAGUUUGGCAACAAAAAUGGAUAUCCCUCGUCAGAUGAACGGAUACGAUUGUGGGGUGUUUGUUUGCCUUUACGCUAAGCAUGUAAUCGAGAAGAAGGAAAUGAACUUCACACAACAAGAGAUGCCCCAGAAACGCCAACAAAUAAGGAGGGAGUUGGAAACGGGGAUAAUCGAACCAUAA